GAUAAAAUUUUACCAUGAUAAUUUAAAAAUAACUACGAUGAUAUUACAGUGUACGAUUAUACGCGUCUCUAUAUAUGUAGUCAGGUGGUCAAGGGCACUUAGGUUCUCGUGACCCUUACAAUAAUUGAGAAAUGGCGGAUCCGGCGAUCAGUCCUCCCAAGAAAAAGUUGGAAGGAAAAGUCGCCAUAGUCACCGGCGGCGCCAGUGGCCUCGGCGAGGCAACCGCACGCCACUUCGCCGAUCACGGGGCCCGCGCCGUCGUCAUCGCCGACAUCCAGGACGAGCAAGGCCGGCGCGUGGCCGAAUCCAUUGGUUCCCACCGCUGCAGCUACGUCCGCUGCGACGUCACCGACGAGGACCAGGUGAGGAGCGCGGUGGAACACGCGGUGCGCGAGUAUGGCAAGCUCGAAGUCAUGUUCAGCAACGCCGGGAUCGUGAGCGUAUCGGCGGACCAGGUGGUUCUGGACCUCGACUUGACGGCACUGGACCGCAUCUACGCCGUGAACGCGCGGGGGAUGGCGGCGUGCGUGAAGCACGCGGCGCGCGCGAUGGUGGAGGGCGGCGUGAGGGGGAGCAUCGUGUGCACGGCGAGCGUGUCGGGCAGCCGGGGCGGCCUGCGGCGGACGGACUACGUGAUGUCGAAGCACGCGGUGGUGGGGCUGGUGCGGUCGGCGAGCCGGCAGCUGGGGGCGCACGGGAUUAGGGUGAAUAGCGUGUCGCCGUACGCGGUGGCGACGCCGGGGCUGUGCGCGGCGCAGAGGAUGGAGGCUCAGGAGGUGGAGAGGGUUUACGAGCCCUUCGCGAACCUGAAAGGGGGCGGUGUGCUGAAAGCAGAGAAUGUGGCGGAUGCGGUGGUGUUUCUUGCGAGCGAUGAAUCGGCGUUUGUCACCGGACAUGACCUUGUCGUCGAUGGUGGGUUCCUGUCUUUCUAGAUCUCGGAUAGGGUUUUACGGAAUGGAAUGCAGAACGGAUUGACAGUCCUAGCAAAUAAGAAUUUAUUACGACUGAGAUUCGUGGACAUCCCACCGCACUUGCCGGAUAAAUCAUGGAUUGGUGGUGUUGGAUGGAUGCUUAAUUAUGUCCACUUUUAUAAUUUAUCAAUGAAAAUUUUAGAUUA